UGCCUUCACACCUCCAUCCACCUUCAUCACCAUGGCCAUGCCAGGGCCAGGAACUUCCCAGAGUGAAGAGGACAGGGCUGGUCCAGCUGCCAGAGAUUAUGUUGCCCUUCCAAUGAAGAGGAAGUCUGAUGGCAUCUUGUCCCCGUGCCAACAGCAGAUCUGUCUGAACAGCCGUGAGGAGCACAAGAUUGAUGCUUUGCAAGAGAUGGAUGGCUUUGAGAGGGCUCACAAAAAAUUCAGUCCUGGUGAAAUGGAAAGGGUGAAGAAGAUGGAGCAGCUGGAAAGGAUGGUGUUGGACCUCCAACAGGACGUCCUCUCUCUGAAGAAGAAAGUGCAGAGGCUGGAAUCCCUGUCCUUCCAGGAGGAGCCCCACCGACAGCCAUGUGAGGUGGUGGAGCUCUUCAACGGCUACACCAAGGAGCAGCUCAAAGAGACCAUCAGAUUUGACCAGAAAAUCAGCACAGCCUGCAAGACUCUGCUCUACAAACUCUUCACCUCUGACUACAUCCAGAGCCACUCCAUCACAGGGCGCAGGGGCAACACCUUCCGGGAGGCCAAGCCCAUGAUGGACGAACGCUGCAUCAAAAUCAUCCGGGUGCUGCUGAAGCAGAAGUUUGGGGAUCACCUCAGUGACACCGUGAUCACAGAGAAGAUCCAGAAUGUGCAGAAAGCCCUGAGGCAGAAGUUUAAGACAGAAUGAAUCUGAGGAGUGGGAGAUUUGGUGUCUCCUCCUGCCAUUCCCGUGUGUGCCCCUGAGCAGCCUUCCCAGGAGAGAUGAGCCGAGCAGCUGCUGCUCAGCAGAUUUCCCCCAGGGAGCCAGCCCAAGUGAGCCAUGUGCUAAACACAGCUCAAACACUGCCAAACCUCUGCCUCCAUUAACUGAGCAGGAGCUGGGCCCAGCUUGGCUUGGUUUUUGCACUCUACAAGUUCCUUCCCAUCCAGUCUGUGUGAGAACCUCACUGUGGGUGCAUGGAAUCACCUCUAUGACUCUGAUGGUGCUCAAAGGCUUCAGGGCUCCAUUUGAGUCCAACAAUGGGUCAGAAAGGUAGCCUUGUUCCACACUGCAGAAAUGUUGGCUUUGGGAUGGGGAAUCCAGCUGCAGACAGCCUUUGUCACCCAAUGUGGCUUCUCUCUCUCUGCCUCUGGUUGCCUCCUUCUGCCUGUGGGACAAUAUUUACUCUUUCCUCACAGUGAAUGUUUUAUUUCCAGCACUAAAGAAAGGCAGACUCAUUAAAAUGACACCUUAAAACAUUCAG